UUUAUAAGGGUGUGAAAACCUCUCCCUAGCAUACUCGUUUUAAAAGCUUUGAGGGAAAGCCAAAAAGGAAAAACCCAUAGAAGAUGAUAUCGGCUAGCGAUGGACUUGAUUGUUACAACCUAGGUCAGGUCAUCUAUCUUUUUUGCCUUCGUGAUGCUGGUUUGGAUGGUGUUUGUUUGGGGACCUUAGUGCAACAACAAAGGGCCGAUAUUUUUGACUUCAUCAAAAGAGUGCAAUCAAGCACAUGUUAUUAUGUCAUUAAAAAAUUUCUAAUUACCGAGGAAGAAUCAGAAGAACAAUACAGAUCACAGGGAUCUGAAUUCCACUCCACUGCUGUACGGGAUCCAUACUUAAAAACAAUGUCUUCUUUGGAAAUUUAUGAAGAAUCCAAUCCAGAAUGUUACUGUGGAGUGCCUGCAAAACUGACAAUGUCCAAACAGGAUGUCUCAUAUAAGCAUAUACAGACUUAAGGAACUCAGUACUUAGUUUACCUCGACUCCUUUAUAUUUAUGUCCUGAACACUGGCCGUAAUGUGGUUUCUUUCAUUGGGCUAACGAACCCGAGCCAUCUGAUGAUCGACUCGUCAAUGAACUAAACUUGAUCCGCAAUGUGUGUAUUCGUCUACAAGAAAGAUUUGACGAAAUCAAAGAGGAACGCACCAAUGAGACAGCAGAAUGGGAAA